CACAAUCAGCUGCAGCAGCUUGAGCCAACCUACCUGCUGACUGUCGAGGCAUCCCUGCCUGACUGCGUGCACAUCAGAGCUGAGGGAGGAUUUCUGCCAGUUUCUGCUGCCGAGGGUGACGACUGAACUCGGGAGAGGAGCUGCUUUGGCUUAAAUUAGAAGGAAUUUUGUUGUUUUCGUGAACAUCGCCGAACUUGGAAACUAUCGGAUUGAGUUGACCCAUUUCACACCGCUCCUGGAUCUGGACCAGUGUGAGCCUUGGAUCCACUGCCUGACAGCUAAUCCAGCCCCCUGUGUUGAUAGCUCAUGACCUCUCAUCCUUCUACCCUGAUGUGUCGGUGAUAUGGGAGAGUGGUGGACAACUGUGCCAUCAGGGACAUCUCUGGGAAACUAUGAAAUCUCAAGCAUAUCGCAUGUGACAAUGUCCCCCUUGAGGCAGAACAACCUUGUGUCAAUGUACUCCUCUUUGCCUCCUCUGUUGAGAAGCUCCUACAAUGUGUUAAGUGCCUUUUGUACAGAGGAUAACAUUCCUCACUGCAUUUCAUACAUCAAUCAGGAGCUGGCCUCACUGGGCCUCUCCACAUGUAUCGAGGCCAGUUCAUCGGGGGAGGCCACACUGGACUCAGUACCCGCCCUGAAUGCCAUGUAUGAGCUGCUCCAGAUUCACAGACGCAACAUGUGCACUUUAGAGGAGCUUGAGAAGGAACAGCUGAGGAAAUCUAACUCCUUGGAGCACUUGCAGAUGAAUAACUCCAGACUCAAGGAUCAACUGGAAUUGUCCAUUAGGGAGAAAUCAGGUCUUCAUGAGACUGAGAGGCAGCUACAACUCAAAAUUAAGACUCUUCAGAGCUGUUUGAAAACAGAAAAAGAAGAGGUGCAGAAACUCCAGAGUAUCAUUGCCAGCCGUGCCUCUCAGUACAGUCAUGAUGCCAAGAGAAAAGAGAGAGAAGCUGCAAAGCUCAAGGAACGCCUCAGCCAGCUCCUGGUCGACAGAAAGGAGAAAAAACUAGCUAUCGAUGUACUCAAUAGCUUGGGGCGAUCAGAUGGAAAGAGGAGCCACUGGAAGAACGCAAAAGCCACAACCAGCCAUGAGGGUGACAUGUACAAGUCUUUGCUGAGCGACUAUGAGGCCACUCAGAAGUCCUUGAUGAUGGAGAACGCUGAGCUGAAGAAAGUCCUCCAGCAGAUGAAGAAGGAGAUGAUACUCAUCCUGAGUCCAUGUCAGUCUUCUAUCAGAGGAGCUUCUGCUGAGGACAGUCAGGAGCAGUUGGAUUCAGAUAUGGAGGAGAAACCUGGGGACUCUAGCAGGGAAACCCUGGACCAGUCAUGUGAGCAUGCAAGGGAACAGCUCACCAACAGCAUCCGGCAGCAGUGGAGAAAACUGAGGAACCAUGUGGAGAAGUUAGACAGCCAAGCCUCACAGGUGCAGAAUCAGCUGGAGUCCAAUAAAGAGGUGAUAUCAAGAGAGACCCAUGAGGAUGAGAUGGAGAGGAUGAGGCGUGAAGUGCAGCAGUGCAAAGAGUUCAUUCAUGCUCAGCAGCAGCUCCUCCAGCAACAACUCAACACAUCAUUUGAUGAUGAGACGGCAGCCCUUCUCAAUGACUGCUACACGCUUGAGGAGAAAGAGCGACUCAAAGAGGAAUGGAGGCUGUUUGAAGAGCAGAAGAGGAACUUUGAGAGGGAGAGGAAGACCUUCACAGAGGCUGCUAUCCGCCUGGGCCGAGAGAAAAAAGCCUUUCAGGAAGACCGUGCUGCUUGGCUCAAGAAUCAGUUUUUGAACAUGACUCCGUUCUCAGAUCGAAGGAGAUGUUCCUCAUCUGAUGGUCAAAGUGCCUUAUCGAUCAGAAGUGAACCAGAGAUGAGAAUGUCAACAGCAAAAGCUCAGAUGGCCAAAUCCUCAACCUAUGCUACCUUCUCCACUCCUAAAGUAACGCAAAAUGCUACCGUGCCAUCCACAACUGAGCUGUACCGCACACUCCGCCUGAUACCAGAAAGCAGUACUUCCAGACACUCAAAUCGAGGAAGCUGGCAAGACUCCAGCACCACUGAUGAUGGAGAAACUUGGUGCAAGACUAAAAACAGAGUUCGGUGUGGAGACUUGAGUAUCUUCUCUUUGGGUGAAGAUGAAAACAGCCUCUCUUGAACCUCCAGUGCCUUGUGUGAUUUUUUUUUUUUUUCUUUUGGUAAUUUUUGCAAUGGACCUCAUUAUCAUUGAUGGCUGAACUCAAACACAACUGAUGAACUCUUUACAUGUUUUGCAUCAUUGCUUUUAUUUUGUUUUGAUAAGGAUGUGCACAGAUCACUCACCAAAGCUGAACAAACAAAUAAGCACUUUAAUGACCCUGCCAAUCUGUACUUUAUGGAAAAAUCAACUCUGACAAAUCAGACUUUAAGCUGUUUCAUGGAGGGGAUGUACCAAGUAAUGAAAGUGUAGUUUAAGAUACAUUUGUUUACAUAUGCUACAUUGAUAAAUUAAGAGUAUAAUUUGAAUGAAAGUAUGUACUGAUGUUAGAAUCGUGAUGUCAAUGCUAACAUGACUUAAUAAAGACAUUUUUAACUUAA